AUGUCGACUCACGAUGAUGAGCUAGGCAAAUCAACGAUAGGAAACCGAGUGAAACUCUCAGAUCAUGAUGACGUGCCAGAAGAUGACGAGCGGGAUCAUGAGGCUCACGAAAAGGCGAGGCAUAGCGCCACAAAGACGCACCUGGAACUUAUGAGGCAAGAUUCUGUAUUCUUUACCAACAGGCAAUCUUCCUCACUACCAGCAUUUGAAUCCAAAGAAGUUUCCCUGGGCUCAUUUCUUGGACAGGGGGAAUUCGGUGCUGUGUACUCGAUUGCCGCCUUUCACGUCGAGGACGACGAAGACAACAAAGUAGAUGACGACCCAGCGACAACACCAACUCCCGAGCUGUCAGUGCGCAAUAAUAAAGAUACUCCUACAAGUCCCAAAAGUGAAAGAGACCCGAACGGAAAAGAGGAGUCUAAUGGUAGUAAUCUUCUUCGCAAAUCAUCCUCUAUACUGGAUUCGCAAUCCAGUGGUAUUAUUGGCAAACCUUCCUCCAAUAGCAAAUUUGGUCGAAAAGACUCAAAUGUGUCCUUUGCCCAAAAUCCUGAUGCUGUCAUAUUUCAAGGAGACGAACAAGAUUCGGCCGAGUACGAUGACUCUAGCUUAUCAGGAGAUGACGACGACGACGAUGACGAUGGAGAGAUUGGCUCGACGGCGGAAAAUUCCAAACGAAGCAGCCCGAGAAAGGUACCAGGUUCCAAUCUAUCAAAAGGCUACAUGAGUUCCCAUGUGAUGCGGAAUGGAAAACCUCGGUAUGCAAUCAAGAGAUUGAGGAAAGAUCUAAAGGGUGAAAAGUUGAUGUAUGCAACUUCCGAUUUCGCAUCCGAAGCUCGUUUCCUAAUGUCGCUUCGUCAUCCAAACAUUUGCAGGAUGCGUGGCACCAUUAGUGAACCUGGAAAGAAAGAUUUUGCCAUUAUCUUGGAUCGUUUGACCAUGACCUUGCGUGACAAAAUGUUGGAGUGGAAAAAGGAGGACAGCAGUGGGUCACUAUUUUCCAAGUUGGAGCGUCUGAUUCACCAUCCUAAAGACAAGCAAGAAGAAGAGAUACAAGUCCAAAAGGAACGAUUCGCCCAAAAGCUCUUGGCCUUGUACGAUACUGCCAGGGCACUGCGAUUCUUGGCCAAGAACUCGAUCAUUUUCCGUGAUUUGAAGCCUGAGAAUCUGGCCUAUGAUGUCAGGGGCGAUGUGAGACUAUUCGACUUUGGUUUAGCAAAAGAACUCAAGGAAAAGGACAAGGACGUUAAGGAUAAAUACAGGUUGACUGGGCUCACUGGAAGCAGACGAUACAUGGCGCCAGAAGUUAUCAUGUGCAAAGAUUACGGCUUGCCUGCUGAUGUCUAUUCCUUUGCAAUCAUGUUCUGGGAGGUCAUGUCCAAUCAUAAUGCGUAUUGCUACUUGACCAACGAGAAGCACAAUGAGAUGGUGGUUAUUCUCAAGAAGCGACCAAAUCUGAAAAAGAUGAUUCCACAUCAGAAGCACGUCCUUCCAGAAGGAUCACAGAUCCACGAUUUGGUGGAGCAAUCUUGGGCUCCUAAUCCCGACAAACGGCCUACUAUUGAAUCUCUGUGCGAUAUGCUUUGUACAGAAGUAAUGAAGGCGAGUGAAACGAAUGAUGAUGACGAUGAAGGAGGCUUGAAGGUGGGGGAUAGAACAGCUUUCCUAAUAAAUGAAAGUAUUCGAAGUCGUUCUGGCGUAGGAUGA